AUGAAGAACCUCAUCACUUACACCCUUGCGGCCACGCUUGCCGCCGGCGCCACCGCCCAGCACCACAACCACCAGCACAUGCACGCUCGUCGUCACGCUGGAUCCAAGGUCGAGAAGCGCAGCCCUGAUGUUAUCACCGAGUAUGUUGUCGGUGCCACUGAGACUGUCUACGAGCUUGCUGGUAAGGAAAUCGACAUCGACGCCGCCAAGGCCGGUCUGAAUGGAGGUAACCUCGUCAUUGUUGGCGAGUCUAACCCAACCUACGACGCUCCCGUUGCCCCCCAGACCCCUGCUGCUCAACCUGAGCAGGCUACACAGCCCAAGAAGGAGGUCGGCGCCCAAUUCUACGAAUCCAAGACUGUCGAGGCUUCUACCGCCGUUGCCGAGCCUGCCUACUCUGCUCCCGCCGUCGUCAAGCCCACCAAGCCCAAGGCUGAGAAGCCCAAGACUGAGAAGCCUAAGACGGGUGGCUCCACCUCUGGUUUCACAGGCACUGGCUCCGGUGUCGACAAGAAGUUCAAGAGCGGCGAGGUUGACUGCGACACCUUCCCCUCCGAGUACGGCGCUGUUGCUCUUGACUGGCUCGAGCUCGGUGGCUGGUCUGGUAUCCAGUACGUUCCCGACUUUACCCUCUCAUCCACCAGCAUUUUCAAGAUUGCCACCGCUAUCAAGGGCGAGGGCUGCACUCCUGGAGCUAUGUGCUCUUACGCCUGCCCUGCUGGUUACCAAAAGACCCAAUGGCCCUCCGCUCAGGGUGCCGAUAAGGAGUCUGUUGGUGGUCUUUACUGUAACGAGAACGGCAAGCUCGAGCUGACCCGUGAGGACUUCGACACUCUUUGCGAUGCUGGUGUUGGUGGUGUCUCCAUCCAGAACGACCUCGACGAGGAUGUCGUCACUUGCCGAACUGAUUACCCCGGAACUGAGAACAUGGUCAUCCCCGCUCUUGCCAGCGCUGGUAGCUCCGUCAACAUCUGCAACCCUGCCCAGGACAAGUACUAUGUCUGGGAUGGCUCUGGCACCUCUGCUCAGUACUAUGUCAACAAGAAGGGCUACAGCAUUGAGGACGCUUGUGUUUGGGACAGCCCCAAGGGCAAGGACGCUGGCAACUGGUCUCCUGUUGUCCUCGGUGUCGGCCAAGCUGCCGAUGGCAACACCUACAUCUCUAUCUUCCAGAACCUGCCUACUAGCACUGCAUUGCUCGAUUUCAACAUUGAGAUCAAGGGAGAUGUUAACACUAAGUGCUCUUACGUUAAUGGAAAGUGGAGCGAGGGCGGAUCUGGCUGCACUACCACCAUCCCCAAGGGUGGCAAGGCUGUUAUCCGAUACUUCUAA